UCACUGAAGGAUGGGUCAGAUUUUCCUACUGAGAAAUGAAAUGUUUCCAAACCUUGUCUUCCUGGAGACAGGGGAGUGUAAUGUCUGGGGAACACUGUGGAACAUUCCAGACAGAGUAUUGACAUUUCCAUGGAAACAGGGCAGUGUCAGAGCCUCCAUAGUGCAGCUUGAACACGUGGUGUGGACACAUGAAUACCACAUGAAUAACAGGUGAUUGUUUUGUUGUUCGUCUCGUUCAGCGUCUCUGAGGAUCCACACCCAGGCCUCCCUCCACCUCCCCCCGACCCCCGACCCCACCUGGGACCCACAGAGCCCCCCCCACCCCCUCCACCCACUGCAGCCUGACGGUAGAGCCACCCGAGCUCGUGGUCAGGUUUGGAGAUCCGGUCUCUGUCAAUUGCUCCACCACACAAGAAACCUACCUGGGCUGGGAAGAUGUACCGACGCCUGCUGAAGCAGGAGGUGUGUUCUCGCUGUGGACGGAGGAGGCCCUGAGAACAUGGAUCCUGGAUCCUGCGUGUUUCGCUAUGACUGAGGUGGAAAAGUGUGACCUCAGAGUGCCCGUCACUGUCUACCAGCCUCCAGAGAGCGUGUCUGUGACCUUUAGGAACCUCUCAUGGCCCCUACUGGAGAGCCCCUCAGGGCCCCUGGUGGAGGACUCCUCAGGGCCCCUGCUUCAGCCCCUGGAGGAGGGCCAAGUGUACUGUCUGCAGUGUGAGGUGGGGGCCGUGGCUCCUGCUCAGAACAUGACGGUGACCUUUUACAGGAACUUCAGGGAGCUGAAUGUCACAGGAAGCAACACAACAGACAAGAGUCCAGUGACCGAGAGUUUCUGUCUGGACUACAGAGUGAGCAGAGAGGACCAUGGGGCCACCUUCUGGUGUGAGGCCAGACUGGAGCUGGGGCCUCAGGGCCCACAGCCCCCUCCAGUGGUCAGGUCACACAACAUCACGGCUGUCGUGCACUUCACUGAGGAGCAAGUGGAGGCCCCGCCCACUCGCUCCAGCAGAGAGCAUGCUGGGAGAAACACCGUGUCAGCACAGAGCCAGCAGGGCCAGAGGCAGCACCCAGAGGUGCAUAGACCCAAAGGAGCAGGACACGCCUCUGGGUCCAGCGCUGCCGUCCUAUUGGCUCUGCUGAUCCUUCACAUGUAAGAGAAUUCUGCCGUCACAAUAAAAGACCGACUCCAGUUCUGGCCCUCCACAAUAAGAGCCCAGCGUGAAGAACAAUGAGAAACUCUGUGCAUUUGAAUUCAUAAACUACCCCUUUUCUACAAAAACAUGAAAUGUAAUACACACUUUUUGGUGGACACACAUUAAAGGGCCCAUACUACACACUGAAAACACUCAUUGAGUGGUGAGACAGGAAGGUCUCCACUGUGUUAUUAAACUCCAUACACCUUCACUGCAAUCAUUUGCAAUAGUUGGAGUCAAACUUUGAAGCUACAUCUAUUGUUUUAGUUCAACUGAGGCUAAAAAUAGCUGUUAACUUGAAAACUACCACUUGAUGACAUCACAAGGUGGAACAGAGCAUUUGGAGCUUUAUAGAGUUUACAGACUAAUAAUCCUGGAUUACUCAAACAUGUGAAUGAAACAAAACACAGCUCCAGGUACUGGAUGUUUUUGAGGAGGUAACAGUAUUAUAGCUGAUUUAAAACUCACCUGAGUCUGUUUUGCAUAAUAAAGGACCUUUAAAUCUUUAAGUAAAAAUGUAAAUUGUGAAUAGUUUUGCUGGUGCACAGGUUUUCUUGUUACACAAUAUGAGUGUAUUCAGUUAAACCCAUGUUUGAGCCGGUUACCUCAUGUUGGACAAUGUUUCACUUGUGUGUGUAAUGGACUAUGUGUAGUAUUAUUUGAGCUCAUGUACAGCCCAAAAUGUUGUGUUCCCUCAGACUGUCAGCUCGGACUUCUCUGGCUCUAGGAUAAACAUACUGUUGCAACAUGUGUGUUUAUAAAUGUAAAUACUCUUUUUGUUUCAUUUUGGCUAUUUAUAUUAAAAACCUUCUG